UCUUCUCUGCAUUCAGUCCCAGGCUACCUUGAAAAAUACACCACCGAUCGGGCUUUAAAGGUUCCUGCUUCCUCGGCCAGUUGCUGCCCGCCAAGUUCGCCGAGGCUGAAGAUGCGGUAGCCGAGGCCCCGCACAGCAUCUUCCCAUCUCAGCGGCAUUCCCCUCGGCUGCUCAGAAGGUUGAUCUGCUAACUUUGGGAUUUGGCUUCUUUUUUUGUUUUUUGUUUUUCUUCUUUUUUUUUUUCUUUUUUUUUUUCUGGUGCCUUGGAUUGCCUUGGCGCACGGAGAGAAGGCGCAGAGGAGAUAGAGAGAGAGAGAGGAACGGAGAAAGGAGGGGGAGAGUGGAAACCCAGGAGAAGCCUCCAUGUUUCAGCUGCCCAUCCUGAAUUUCAGCCCCCAGCAGGUCGCCGGGGUCUGCGAGACUCUGGAGGAAAGCGGGGACGUCGAGCGCCUCGGCCGCUUCCUCUGGUCUCUCCCUGUGGCACCGGCGGCCUGCGAGGUCCUCAACAAGAACGAGUCAGUGCUGAGGGCCCGGGCAGUGGUCGCCUUCCACACCGGCAAUUUCCGUGAACUCUACCACAUCCUGGAAAACCACAAGUUCACCAAAGAGUCGCACACGAAGCUGCAGGCGCUGUGGCUCGAAGCGCACUAUCAGGAGGCUGAAAAACUGCGGGGCCGCCCGUUGGGGCCCGUGGACAAAUACCGGGUGCGGAAGAAGUUCCCCCUGCCCAGAACCAUUUGGGAUGGAGAGCAGAAGACCCACUGCUUCAAGGAGAGAACCCGGCACUUGUUAAGAGAGUGGUAUUUGCAAGAUCCUUACCCGAAUCCCAGUAAAAAGAGGGAGCUUGCACAAGCUACUGGACUCACACCCACACAAGUGGGAAACUGGUUUAAAAACCGGAGACAAAGAGACAGAGCGGCGGCUGCAAAGAACAGGCUACAGCAGCAGGUUCUAUCCGGCGGCUCGGUUCGCUCCUUGGCGGACGAGGACGGCACUGUGGACCGCCUGGGGAACUCCUCCAGUCCGGAGGCCAGCCUGUCCAGCAAAGCGGCCGCCUCGGCCAUCUCCAUCACCUCCAGCGACAGUGAAUGUGACAUCUGACGGACGCACCAGAGCGAACUGACCAAUAAAAGGGGAAAAAGACAAUCUAAUAAAACAAGUAACAGUGCCUGCGUCGAGUUAAAAACACACACACAUAAAUACACACACUGAUUUCUGACGGCUGCCAAAAGUUGAUGCAACCCGCGAUCAGUGGGUGCCCUUUCAGACCCAUAGCCUACUUUUAUUUGCGUUUGAUCCAUGCGUGGAAAACUGACAACGGACAUUUUAUGGACUAGUAACGCUUGAAGACGAAACCUUAAAAAAAAAAAGUGCAGACGUAUAUACAAAAAGAAAGGGAAGAAAAAAAGGAUGAGGUGUCCAAACUGGUCUGACCUGCUGUUCUCUGUGGGUAUUUCAUGUUGAAAAGAAGAACUGUGAUAUUUUUACUUUAAAGUUUUAUAAAUAAUGUUUAUUUGCUUAUUUAAAAUGAUCUGCUCUAUUGUCUCUUGGAAUUUCAUAUUCAUUUGCUUGGUGUUUUUAAUACAUACCUUGUACACAGGUGAACCUGUUGAGCAUGCGCGCUUUAGUGACUUUGUGUUUCAGUAAAAAAAAGAAAAAAAAGGAAAAGAUAACUUAAUAAAACAACUGUUGACCAAGAAAGAUUUAAAUUUAGACUCUUCUUUGAGUAGGUUUCUUAUAAAUAAGUAGCUUAUUUCUAAUAUUGAAAUGUUAGUGAAGGAUCCUCUGGGCUGUUGUGGUUUGGAGAAGCAUUUUGGAUGGGUUCUAACGCCACGGUGCUGCGUUCAUUGACACGUUUCAGAGCUUGGUCUAAUUGGCCAACAUGCUCUGAGUCCCGUAAUGCAGGGUGACAGGGAGAGGUCACCGAGAGGCCGGCUCACUAACCCGGAUGAUCCGCGGGAGAGAUCACAGAGAUCAAAAAUGCAGCAGAUUGCAAACCUGGGUUGAUGCUCUGCACAUGCACAUAAACAACUAGAUUCUGCCUCCUUAAAACAUGCAAGUGUCUAUUUUCCCAAGACACAGCAAUCAGACCGCAACCAAUCUUUUAAUUAACGCGAACAAGGCUGCAGCAGCUCUAAUGAUCAUUUCGGUAACACUUCACUUAAGUAUUGCUGAUGCGCACAUAUUUGCAGUUUUUAUUUGGUUUUGUCCAGGUUUUAAGGUAAUGUUUUUUUUAAAAGCAUUUUGGUAUUUUAACGUGAAAGCUGACAAAGAUGUAUAAAUUGGAAGAAAUGUAAACGUUUAUUGUUUGUUUUGCUCCUAGUCUGCUUCUUUCAAUAAAAAAGAAGCACAUAUCUGUAGAGGAACUAAGCUGAGGAAAAUAAAAGGUUUUUUAUCUGCUUUUCUUUCAAACUCUGGGACAAAACUGCUAAAUAUUUCCGUUUCUAUUGAGGGAAAGAGGGACAGGGAGAGUUGAUGAAAAAGUCUUUCUAGCAGUCAAUAAGGUUGUCAAACUGGUCAGCGGUAAUCAGUGCUAAUGAUGGGGUCUGGGGUCCCAGCCGGGACAAAAGGGGCCCCCCGACGCUGUUGCAGGGAAGCGUCCGCGGGUUCCUCUCCAAAGAAAAGACUGCAGAGAGGACAGUCUGGAACAUGGAAAACACAACUUCUCCGGUUUGUAUGUGUGCGUGGCUGCCUCACUGUGAACUCAUUUGUCACAUUGAAGGGUUUCAUUAUUGUCUUCUUAUAACAGACUGUUUACUGUACGCAGCUAACUUUCUUUAAAAUGAAAUCAAAAACUUUUACUAACAUUUUAGCAAGUAAAAAAACAAAACAAAAUAAAACAAACAUUUAAGCCACAUUAUUUGUAUGUGACUAUAUAAUCAGUACUGUAUUUUUUGUGCCUGUUGUGAUGUUAUUAUCAACAGCAGAUUGAAAUCUUCUAUUUUCUGUGUUUCUGUGAAUAUUUUGAUUUACAAAAAUUCAGAAGCGCAGCUGUUUCUUUGCGCAGACUACAGGUUGUGUCUGUUAGGCUACUGAUUUUAACGCGUGUUUGACUGAAACUGAAACCUUGUUGCAUAAAGAGAUUCUUUCUCAGUAUUUUAUAAAAACUGUAAUAAUACUAUUUGUUGAUGCAGCUCUGAGCUUUUAGUCUCUUAGACCAUUAACGACUUCCUUUGCGCCUUACUCCUAUAGAUUCACCAAUCAGCCUAAGACCUGCAUUUUCCUCCAUGCAAGGGGAAUAAAACAAAAUAAUUAUUUUUGCAAAAAUGUAUUAAAAAGAGCAAAAAAGUAUGAAGCUAACGGACCUGAUCUAUCUGACUGCAUGAAAGGGAAUAUAUGCAGUUAUAACUUUAACA